UCGCCGCCAUUCAGAUCGGUUUGACAGAUGUCAUCUAUGCACUUGGUUUGGUUCCUGAUAAUAUCAUAGGACACAGUGUGGGCGAGCUCGGCUGCGCAUAUGCAGAUGGUUGUCUGACAGCAGAGGAAAUGAUUUUAGCAGCGUAUUCUCGUGGUCAAGCAUCCAUUGAGACUAAACUCAUCAAGGGUUCUAUGGCGGCCAUCGGGAUGGGAUACAAACAAAUCUUACCUCUGUGUCCUCCAGAAGUAGACGUGGCGUGUCACAACGGCCCGGAUUCUAGCACUAUAUCUGGCCCAGCGGAUGUGACUGCUCAAUUCGUAGCGGAACUGUCAGCCAAAGGAAUAUUUGCUAAAACAGUUCCUUCUGCGAAUAUCGCAUAUCAUUCUCGUUACAUAGCUGCUGCUGGCUCAAACCUCUUACAAAUGCUGAAGAAGGUCAUAAAAAAUCCACGUCUUCGUAGUGAACGUUGGGUUUCCACGUCUGUUCCUCAAGAGGAUUGGAAUAAUGCAGCAGCCAAAUACUGUUCCCCUGAAUACCAAACUAAUAAUUUGUUGAAUCCAGUUCUAUUCGAGGAAACAUCUCGAAUGAUUCCAAAUAACGCCAUUCUCAUAGAAAUAGCUCCACGUGGACUGCUACAGGCCAUUCUGAAACGUUCAGUAUCACCAGAUUGCUUUAAUAUAUCAUUAACUAAAAAAGGAGAUGGUAACGUCAUACAUUUACUUCAAACCAUUGGGAAGUUAUACAUUGAAGGAUGCACACCAGACAUCAAGGCUUUGUACCCAAAAGUAGAGUUACCAGUUACAGCAGGGACUCCCAUGCUAUCACAAUUAGUUGAAUGGAUGCAUCUACAGGAAUGGUAG